AUGCUAAGACCAGAUGAAGCGAAGAAUGAAGAACUGGAUCACAAGUCAUCGCUUUCACCCCUGUCUAUUACAUCUUACAAAACGAGAGAUGAGACUGGAAAAUUGGUAAAGCAUCUCUAUCACAAGGGAAUGUACUAUCUGUGUUUUAGCUAUGGGUUAUAUGCGGGAACAUCCAACGAAGUGAAUAGGAAAAUUGAGUUUUCCCUAGACGGACCUUUCAUUGUGAACUAUACCAUUAUACAGAAAUUCAAAACGUCUUCAAAGGUGGACGCAAUUUCUUCCUGCCAUCUGUUUAUGUUUAACGACGGCUCCAUUGAAGGCUUUAAAUUCAAAAACAGCAAUUUUGUGAAAGUCUAUGGGUCUAAUGUGGUUCCGAAACUAGAUGCCACCUCUUCUCCUAUCUCCAACUGGCUAAAUGCCUCUCUAGAUGGUUUGCUAUACACUUGUAAUAAUAACAUGUCAUAUGGUAGUACUUCCUGUAAGCCAAGUUUCAAAAUCCAUUCCUUUGACUUUGGGAACAAGUUAGUGGAAAUGUUUUAUGCAGCCGAUGGAGAGAUUAUUUCGUUCGAUUUUAUCAGCAGAGAACGAUUGAUUCACAGUAAAAAAUACCCAGGGAAGCCGGAUGUCUCUUUUAUUUGCUUGAUUAAGAGUGAAUACAGUGAAAAUUUGAUUUUAGAGGAAUAUGAUUGUGUUAAGGAUCACAUUUCCCCCAAGGGCCUAAAGUCUAAUUUCAGUGGGGGGCAUCGCAUUUACAACCUUUUACCGAUAUCCAAUGGUGAGUUUUGUUACAUGAAAAUAAUUUACGAUCACACUGUCAUAGUACUGACUAAUACAUAUACCCAGAUUAUUAAACUAGGAAAAGAGGGGUUCGAAAGAACAGCCUUCUUAAACAAUAUAGGCCUUCCGAAAGAAGAGGGUUUUCAAUUUCUAAAAGACUCAUGCGAUUUCAUGUAUGAAAAAUCAGGGAUCUCUUUAACCCUUUAUGAUACGCACGCCAAUAAAUAUACUGCCAAAGUAGAUCAAAGUCUACUAGAAAAACGAAAGGUGCAGAACGGUCUACAGUGGUUAAGAGAAAAGAUAUUCAAGCUUUCUAAACAUGAUCUAUGCGACUCUGUGCUACAGCUCCCAGGAAAACAGUAUAUAACUCUCACAAGAAUGAAUGGAAUACACUUCAUAUCAAACAACCACCGCGGCCCUAGAGCAGAGAAGGUGAAAGGGGGACCUACUUAUAGGAACAAAGUUUAUCUCGCAUCUCAAAUCGUUCGAAAUAAUGGAACAGAUAUAGACUCAUUGCUUAUGAGCGGAAGUUUUAACUCGAAAAGGGGGUUUUUAGAAAAGAAAUCUCUGGUAUACGAUGAAAAUAUUUUCAAGCUAUCUGCUUCCAUUAAGCUGUCACUAGAGAACGUAACUGAUUUUUGGAUUACAGACUUAAUGGCUGGAGAUGAGAACCAUUUCACGUAUGAGUCAAUGGGAUCAAUUUACAGAAAUGGAGAGUUAUUGAUGGACGGAUCAUAUAAUUACGGCGUAUUAGUUACAAGAACGGGGAUGAUUUUGGAAAACAAUAUGGAUGGCUCUACCAGUGAAAUUAAGCAAGUCGGCGAUCUACAAUUUGACAGCAACAUUUCGAAUAUGUUUUGCUAUUCUAUCGAAAACUCUACAGUCAGAAUUUCAACACUUCAACCCCAAUCUAGUUCUCUACAUAAAGUAAAGGACGUCUUCAUUGAGGGUGUUGAUUCGAAAAACAGCAUCAUAAGUUCUUGCUGGGAUGGAGAUGACAUAUUUUAUUUGGCCGUAUACUCUGAAGGUAAAAUUUUCAUAUGGGAUACAAGCCAAAAUAAACUUUUAUCUUCUCGACUAGAUUAUUCCUUUAUAGUCUUUGACAUAUUGGUAAAAGGAUCUCAGUUUGAUAGUAACGCCAAAAAUGAAUCUAAUUUUGUCAUCGCAUCAUCAUACGUUGGUUGUGUGAGAGUCUACAAAUCAAAUUCGAAUUUCCUAGAAGUAGCAUUAGAAAUAUAUUCCUCUCAUAGCCAAAAGUUGGAAAUAUUAGAUACGCCCUCCGAUUCACCAUUGGUUUUUCUUUAUAACGAAAAAGAAACAAUUAUGCUAAAUUUGGAUAGCUUGACUUACGGAUUCAUACAAUUGGGCGUGAUUCCAAGAAAAAUGAGAAUACAUCCAAAAAAACCGUAUUUCUCUCUUUGCGUUUUGGACAUUGAAUCUCAAAUAAAUGUGUUUGAUUUUGCUGCGACGUUUGAUCAUGGAAACUUUACUAAGCACAUGAUUUCAUUGAAACCGCAAGUGAAGAAUUAUAUGUACCAUCUUUCUAGUGUUCCCUUACAUCUAUGCACCAUGCCAGAUAAUGCCAAUCAGGCUGUGGUAUGUAUACUUGACACUAAUAGCGGGCAGUAUGAGCUAAUGCUAUUCGAUUACCUUUUAAUGAAACCAAUAUCUACGUUUAGUCUUCCCAAAGCGAAGUAUUCGCAUGCAAUUUUGAAGCCGUUUUGGUCGGAAGAUAAUUCAAUCUACUCAUCGCUUAGAUAUUUUUACGGCAAUAAAUUUAUCGUGUGUUUAGGCACUGAUGAUAAACGUACGAAAUUUUGGUUAUUUGAAAUCAGAAACAGCGUAAUUGUCCAGCUAUAUGCGGAUUGCCUGGAAGAUCGUAUAUGCUCUGUCUGCGUUUACUACGAAGGUAGUGUUGUUUUAUUUUCAGGCGAUAGUGGCAUAGCAACGUACAAGAUACAGAUGCUAAAAGAAACUUCUGAAGUACUCGAAGCUCGUUCUUUCCCAAUACUUGAGUCGAUUGAAUCUACGGGAUUUCUAGCAUAUAUGACUGGCGAUGAUUUGAUCCAACUGAAUACUAUAAAAGGCUUCAUAAAAACCAAUCUUUCGAUCAGCGAAGCUAUAGAAUAUCCGUCAGAGUAUUCAGAGACCGUUUGCAUGAACUUUAUAGAUUUUUCAGACAUUACGCAUGUGGCGACGAAAAGGAUCUCCAGGAAGUCAGUGGAGCCUGAUAAUGAUUAUUCCGAAAAUGGAAAACACUCCUCAUUAAGCCGAUUUUCAGGUCUUUCUCAAACCGAAAGGGUGUAUUCUGGCAUAUCCUAUGUCGCUACUAUUGAUUCUGAUAACACACUUGCAAUUUAUGACGAUUCUAACAAAUCAUUGGUUAAUGAAGACAGGUUAAUUAUGCCCUAUCUUAAAAUCCAAUUACCUGAUACAAUAAUCUCGUUGGCACCCAUUCCGGACGGAUUCCAAAACCUCCAAAUAUGUUCAGGCUUGGACAAUGAAAGAUUAGAGGRAGUCUUACCUCUUUUUAUGAUUUGCGGUACAAAGGGUCAAAUUUAUAUUGUAUCGGAAUUAUUUAAUGAAUCAUGGAUGAGGUCGUUGCGUCAUUACAAGAAAAUCAAGCUCAAUGAUGAAAGAAAAGCCCUAGAUUCAGAAACCAACAUGCGAAAUGUUAGUGGACAAUACGCUGUGAGUACUGGACCUGGGAUAAAUAGCAGUGGGUUUGAAGGGCUAGGGAGGAACUUGAAGAGAAGACGUGUUAAUUAUUUACCAUUCAAGACUAUAGAUUUUUUUGAUCCUGCAAUACUAAGAAAGGUGACCAAAAAACGCCUUUAA